AUGGAUGAGCGUCUGAAGUCAGAAACGUCUGACAGGGGUGGAGAUCUUAGGGCCCACGUGCACGACACGGGGGCGUCGAGCAUGGACGGCGCUGGCCGAGACGGUGGGCAGGCUAUCCAGCAGCGCAAGGGUCGAGCGCAGACCGCAGCGACGUUGGAUUUCCGAGUGGAUCUCAUAUUGUGGCAGCAUUGGAGGGACUAUCGGCUCGCGUUCAAACAGAACUUCACCACCAUAGACCUGGACAACAGCAUGAGCAAGUCCAUCUGGAUCCCCGACCUCCACUUUGUCAACGAGAAGACGGCGUUCGUGCACGACACCAUUUCCCCCAACAGCAUGCUGCGCCUAUCGGAGGAUGGAAGUGUACUCUACUCCAUGAGGAUAUCGCUGACCCUCAGCUGCCCCAUGAACCUGCAAGAUUUCCCGAUGGACACACAGGUGUGCCCGCUCUACAUCUCCAGCAGUGAGUUCAAUAACGAUCAUUGGCGCAGCAUGCUAUCGGGUGAGCUACUUGGUGUGCGAUUUGGCGAUGUAUUGGGUGAUCUGCCAGGUGAGCUAUCAGUUGUGCGCUAUCAUGUGCACCACAAGUGUCGUCUCUCCAUUCUGAAAUUUCCAUUUGGAGGAUAUCACACGUUUAUAAAAAAAAACUCAAUUGGAGUGCCGUUGGAGAGUGGGGGUGCAUACACAAAGAGGGACCUGGUGUUCAUGUGGGAUGAGGAUAGUGCGAUGGUGCGCGAUCCCUCCAUCAGCCUGCCCCAGUACAGCUUCAUGAACGUCACCUUGUCGCACUCCGAGCGGCAUCUGCGGACAGCUUCAUGGCGCAAUGAUUCCAGUGGUCGUGGUGCAUCUGCCUCUUUCCGCUUGGGGGUGGUGGUGACCACAGGAAACUUCUCGAUGCUCAAGGCGAACUUCAAGCUGCGCCGUCUCAUGGGCUUCUACCUUACCCAGACGUACCUCCCCAGCGCCCUGCUGGUCCUCCUCUCCUGGAUCUCCUUCUGGAUCAACCCCGACGCGGCGCCGGCACGUGUCGCCCUGGGCAUCACCACGGUCCUCACCCUCACCACCCAGAGCAGCGGGGCGCGGUCGUCGCUGCCCAAGCUGUCGUACGUCAACGCGAUGGACAUCUGGAUGGCCACGUGUCUCGUCUUUGUCUUCUCGUCUCUGCUCGAGUUCGCCGCGGUCAACGUGAUGUCCAGACAAGCCAGGAGCCUCUCGUCCGCCAAUACGAGCGGUGGCAAGGUGAAGGUAUUGGGGGAAAAAAACAUAUUACUAAUCAAUUAUAUCAUUACAAUAAUGUCCCUCCUCACCUCCCACCCCGGCUCGCCUCUGAUUUCUGCAGCUGAUGAUGGGGUCACGACAAAGUUUUACUUGCGCGACCUCACCGGAAACCCCUUUGAUUGUGGACGCCACACCGCAGCGACGGGGGUCGAGUCAGCGAUGCACCCCUGGAGUGCGGAGCGAAUCGACCGUACUGCCCGAGUGCUUUUCCCCGCGCUCUUCCUCCUCUUCAACGUCUUCUACUGGCUCGCCUUCUGCGUGCUCAAGUGA